CGCUAUCUUGGUAUCGAUUUGAUUGCUACGAUGGGGAUGGGACCGGUGCGAGCCAGACCAUAACCGCCUGUUGCCGUAUCACAUCACGACAUACGACGGUGAAGUGAGAAUAGACAUGGCGCACCGGAAGGGUGGGGUCCUAUGCUUGCUAUCUGACAAGUCGCGAAUACGGGUCGAUAUUUAAAUACACGACCGCGCCUCGCUCUGUUCUCUUGGUAUACCAGGUAGGAGUCACUCCCAGUUCAUUCUUUUCUGGUCUCUCUCUACGGUGUUUCGGCCCAGCAUGUUGCUGUUCGCCCUUCUCUACUCACUCCUUCUCUGGCCGGCGGUCGUCUCAGCCGCCUUCGGCUACACGGACGACGGGACUAACUACGUUAUCGACUCAGGGGCUUCGUUGGUAAUUAAGGUCAGCAAGUGCUGCGGCGAUAUCGUGUCGCUGGCGUACAAUGGCGUCGAGUACCAGGGCUAUGACGGCAAGAACACACAGGUCGAGAGUGGGUUGGGCGACAGCACGGUUUCUAUCCAGCAGUACAGCAGCCCGGCGUACAUCAUCAAGGUCUCCGUGACCCAUGGCACGCUGAAGCACUAUUUGUUUGUCCGUUAUGGCAACAAUAAUGUGUACAUAUUUACCAAUAAGGCCGAUGCGAGUGUGACCGUGUCGAGGUAUAUUGUGCGGUUUAAGGGGGGGAUCUUCCCGCAUUCGACUACGGAUGCGGAUUACUAUGAUGAUGGGAGCACGUAUAUCGAGGCGUCGGACGUGAUGAAGGAUAGUAAUGGGUAUACGGAGAGCAAACAUUAUUGUGGGAACACGUAUGGCCGAACUAUCGACUAUGAUUACGUCGGCAAGACCACCGGCUCCGUAGGCCUCUGGAUGAUCCGAUCCAACCACGAAAAGGCGUCAGGUGGCCCCUUCUUCCGCUCCCUUGUCCGCCGCGGUAGCUCUACGGGUGAGGAUCUUUAUGAUAUCUACCACUACAACAUGGGUCAUACCGAUCCUGAGCGCUUCGGUCUGCAGGGCCCCAGCGUUCUCGCUUUCACCGAUGGCGGAACACCCAACAGCGCCCUGUUCGCACGCAAUGCGGACUGGAGUUGGUUCGACACUCUUGGCAUCGACGGCUGGGUCCCCUCCAGUGGCCGCGGCCGCGUCGCCGGCGUUGGCCUUUCCAAUAUGAAAUCCGGCUACACCUACGUCGUCGGCCUCAAGAACACCGCAGCCCAAUACUGGGGCACGGCCGCCUCCUCGGGCGGCGCAUGGAGCAUCACCAAAGUGCUGCCGGGCACCUACACCCUCACCGUGUACAAAUCCGAGCUGGAAGUAUACACGGGCUCCGUGACCAUCACGGCCGGAGCAGGCACUGCUGUUAACACGAUCACCUGCACCGACCCCGCCGACGCCACUGCCAUCUGGCGCAUCGGCGACUGGGACGGGACGCCCAAAGGCUUUGUCAAUUUCGCCGACACCCCCAUGAAACCGACAUACAUGCACCCCUCGGACACGCGCCUCGCCUCCUGGGACCCAAGCAACUAUAUCGUCGGCACAUCCACGGCGUCCAGCUUCCCGGGCUACAUCUGGCAGGACGUGAACAACAACCACAUCGUCUACUUCAAACUCACGGCCGCGCAACUCACCACCUCGCACACGAUCCGCAUCGGCAUUACGGAGGGGUAUAUCGGCGGCCGCCCAACCAUCACAGUGAAUGACUGGGCCAGCGCCCUGCCUGCCGCGACGACGCAGGCGAGCACGAGGAGCUUGACUGUGGGCACGUAUAGGGGGAAUAAUGCCAUGCUGACGUUUACCGUGCCUGCGAGCGCGUGGGUCCAGAGUACCAGUUCGUGGCAGGUUUUGACGAUUACGGUUAUAACCGGGAGUACGGGGUCGGGGUACUUAAGUGGCGGUAUCAGUGUUGAUGCGGUGGAUAUGAUUUAGGCGUGAUUGAAUGGAAGAAAGUCGAUGACAUUCGAAAAGUCGCGGCAACAACGGCGGGGCAGCGGAUCGGCUUGUUUCAAUGUGAUUGUUUGUUUGCAUUGCGUCGUUUCGUUUCGUUUCGAUUGUACAUAUUGUCCUCGGACACACACAUAUAUAGCUUCAUACUCCACGGGUUUUGCCAACGUAUCCAAUUGCUUAGCAUCCAACGCGGCCUUUGCUUUCAGCUUUACGGUCCACCGGACAGCUGCAUCGAUGAGGCGGGAGUCAGCUCGUUGUACCUCCAAUAGGAGAGAUCGUGGCAUAGUGAAACCUAGGGAUUAAUGCAGUCU